AUGGAGAAGGCUUCCGAAAGCAAAACAGAUGGAGAAACCGAAGGAAAAUUUUCAGCUCGGCCGUACCAAGUGGAGCUUCUAGAGCGGGCGAAGGAAAGGAACACCAUCGUAUGUCUGGGCACGGGAACUGGCAAAACGUUUAUAAGUGUCAUGCUCAUAAAAGAACUCGCUCAUGAAGUAAGAGGAAACUAUAAAGACGGCGGGCGAAGAACUUUCUUCCUUGUAAAUACAGGUACCUUCAUAUGUUUUGUCUUUAUGAGAUCAGCUUUACCUCGGGGGAGUGGGUACGAUAUCUCAGCGCGGGUCGGGCCGGGGUUGCGAAGAUGGGUAAUAGCGGUCCUCGCAUACGUACAAAUACAAUUCAAUGGAAAUAGAAGAAAUGAUCGUAGAUCUUUCCUUAUUUUUGCCUGAUUAUGACUUAUUGGAACUUUUGAUGCCAGAAACUAAAAUAUAAGAUCAAGAAUGUGGUUUAAAUUUUGAUUUUCCUUAAGUCGAAAGGAGCUUGAGGAUUGUAGACGAAAUCAACUCCCUUUGUAAAUAACAUGUCCUUCCUUUUUUCACAGUUCCACUGGCUAGCCAACAAGCAAAAGCUAUCGCUAAACAUACAGACUUAGAAGUCAGGCAUUACGUUGGAGAGAUGGGUGUAGAUUUCUGGGACAAGCCCACUUGGGAAAACGAGUUCAAUACAAGCAACGUUCUGGUCAUGACAGCUCAAAUAUUCCUCGACCUUCUGUUGCAUAGCUACAUACUUCUCUCGCAAGUGAAUCUCUUGAUCUUUGAUGAAUGCCACCAUGCCAAGAAGAAUGAUCCUUACAGACAGAUAAUGCAGUGCUUCAGCGAUUGCCCUCAGCGCCCAUUACCCAAAGUUAUGGGUUUAACUGCCUCUAUAGUAAAUGGAAAAGUAAAACCUUAUAAAAUCGAAUCGGAGAUCCAAGAGCUGGAACGCACAUUAAGAUCUACAUGCGAAACAAGUCAAGAUGAAGAUGUUGAAAAAUAUGCUACUAAACCCAAAGAACUUGUCCUUGUUUACCCGAGCCAGAGCACUGAUAAAAACUCGAAUACUUUGAUCAGAGAACUGUCUGAUGUCUUAAAACAAGGAAUUCGUUUUCUCUGCGACUGUCGGGUGUCCAGAAUUGACGAGAAUGCACACUGGUACGCGAAGUUCGCCCUGAGGGAGUGUAAGGAGACAUUGGAUGAAUUGGGCCCUUGGGCUGCUUUUAAAGUAGCAGAAUACCUAAUAGAGGAUCUAGGUAUGGUACAGUUUCAGUUUUAAGGAGAACUGUAACCGUACCCCAAGUUCAAGUCAAGUUUUUGAAAAAUCAUAAUACGGUCAACACGAACCAAACAUUAUAAAUAUUAUCCAAAACGAAAGGAAAAAAAAUCUCAUGUCUCCAUUUCCAAAAUUUUUGGCCUUUUAAGAUCUUUUUCAAAAUUUUGCGUAAAAUCUUUAUAAUUACACCUUGACAUCACUAUGCAUAUUCUCCAUACUGUUCUCUAUAUAUCUCCUAAGGUGCAGACAAGGAGAAUUUGUUUAACAAUCAACAGCUUCUUUAGUUAGUGAUUAUUUUCUAUAUUCUUGUUACCUUAAUGGUUGAUUCAGGCUGGUGUGAUAUUGUAAGAAUUGGAUGCUAGUCACUCUGAGAGUCAAAGAGAUCAGCCUACAGAACAGAGAUUGACUUAAUUUUUGUUGGAAAAGAGUCAGAGUGUGCCAAAUUCUCUGCUCAUAAGACUGAAUUAUUCCAAUUCAAGCAAAAUUAACCUGGGUUGGAUAAAAAUGCCUUUGUUGGCAUCUUUUGAUCAACUGGAAUGCAAUAUACCUAUAAACCAUGAUAUUUUCUUCUAGACAGAGCAUGCAAGGUUCAAAGCAGCAAAGAAGGACGAUUGUUUUGUGAGUUUAGUGCCACCCAGCUGCGUCAACUGAGAGGCAAAUACUGUGAUUUUACUAAAAGUGAUGGGUCUGAGGACAGUGGACAUUGUUACUUCAUGCCUAAACUUCAAAAACUUUUGAGUGUUUUCAGGGAGUUUGCUAACUCACAGUAUGAAGGUAAGGAACACUCUGCUGACUGCUUUAUUUAUGAAACUUAUUUUUUUAUAUCCUUAGUGGAAACUAAAACAGAAGAUUAGCAAAGUGGAUAUUUUUGCAUUUCUUAUCUCAGUUUGACCCUUUCACUCCUAAGAUCUCUCCUGAUUGUGUGCCAAACCUUCCUAAAAAUUUUCAACCCUGAGAAUCUGUGUUAAAUUUCAAUACAUUGCCUGCCUCAUUAUUUUUCUCUUUAAUCAGCUCCUUUACAUUUUAAAUAGUAAUGUUAUUGUGAAGAGAUUUUUGUUUUGGUUUGCUCUUAACACUAAAAGGUGAAAUGGAAUCCUCUAUCAUAGUAACAGUAAUAACAUCAAUAAUAUUUGAUGGCACUAAUAUUAAUGAUAGUGGUGCUAACAAUAAAAAUAUUGAUGAUAAUAAUAAUACCAUAAUGAUUAAAAUCAUUAUAGUAGGAAAUUUAACAACAAUAAAAAUGAUAACGAUGAUAACAACACCUAUAAUAAUGUCUCAGGAGGAGAUCAAUAUUUAGAGGACAUCUUAAACUUCUAUAGCUAUCUCCUCAUUCAAUCAAGAAAUGGCCUUUGGUUGAAGAACAAAUCUUAAGAGUGAAAAGAUCAAACAUGGUUACACCUGCUACCCAGCUUGACCCUGAGGAAGAUUUAGCCAAUUGUUAAAAAUAAUAUUAAUGAUAAUGACCAUGUAGGUUUAUUUUUGUUUUUCUGUUAAUCCCUACACUCUCAAAAGCCUAAGCUCUUGAAUUGGAACUUCCUUGAAAUUUGUUUUCUGAAUUCAAUGUGUAAGAGUGAUUUUUGGAUGCCACUCUGCAAAACAGCUUGGUGAUCCUCAGUUUGCUUAUUUUGCAGCAUCUGAAGAGGAGAAGACCCUCUGUGCCAUUGUGUUUGUUGAGAGACGAUACACAGCACUGAUCCUCAGCAAACAGCUUAACAUGGCUGCCAAACUAGAUCAGGAGCUCUCAUUCAUCAAAAGUGACUUUGUGAUUGGUCAUGGCACAGGUGCAAGGGUUAGCUACUCCAGUAACACAGAGAUGAAUUUUAAGAAACAGGAGGAAGUACUGCGCAAGUUCAGAAAUGACAAGAAAAGACAUGAAUUCAAUGUGCUGAUAGCCACCUCUGUUGUUGAGGAGGGAUUAGAUAUUCCCAAGUGUAAUGUUGUCUGCAGGUUUGAUUUCCCAAAAAAUUAUCGCUCCUAUGUACAGUCAAAGGGCAGAGCUCGUGCCAAAGGUUCCAAGUACUACAUGCUGGUGGAUGAAAAAGAGGAAGUGGAAAAAGUGAAUGAAUUGGAGGUACAUUUUUUACAUAUUUAAAUCAGUUACAAUCCAUACCUACUCUGGUGAUUGUCAUUGAUAAUGUUUAGCUGAGGAUGCAGAGCACCAGACUGCUGUGUGGGAGAUAGAAGGUUCAAGCUCCAGACUGCUAAACAACACUCAGGGUCUUAGAAUAACCAAGGACCAUGCUGCCUUUGCUAUGAUGUCUGCAAAUGGUUAGACAUUCUAGUCUACUCAUAUAAGGAUAAUAAGCCACGAGCCCUUCUGCAUCUCCUCUCUACUGGUUAGCAGGGGACGUUAAAGAACCCAUGCAUUUCUCGCAAAGAAUAGGGAACACAUAUGUCAUUGUUAUAGUCUGGCCUUUAGAUUUUUUACACAGGCUGCCUUUUAAAGCCACUUUAAGCUGAACUGGGAAAGCUGGUUUAAAUAUCAUAAAUAAAUUCAUAACCUGGUUGAAUUACUGUAAGGAAUGUUAAUUAUUCUUCUUCUUAAUAUUCAUGGCUUAUUCCCUAGAUGUUGCGUGCUAUUGAGGAAAUCUUGUUGGAAAGAUGCCAUGAUCGGCAGAAGCCAACAGUGGAGGAGUGUAAUGAGUCAGUAGACACAGAUUUACUUCCGCCGUACAUACCAGUAAAUGGAAAGGGGGCUAGAGUAACUAUGAGCAGUAGUGUUGCUCUACUUUCAAAGUAAGUGCAAAGAAUUUAUUAACUUUGAAUUGUGUUGUAGUUCUAAAUUUGAGAUAAUUGGUUGACUUGUGUAUUGUUAAGUAAUGUGGUUGUAAAAAGGGAAGAUGUGCUAUAUAUGGGGUAACAAACUUGGGCACUGAUUGUGAAAAGGGGUGAUUUCUAUUUACUAUGAGUAUUGCUGUAAAGCUGGCUGUUUGCUUCCCUAAAAACCUCAAAAUUGCUCGUAUUACCUCUUAUUUUUCACUGAAAUCACUUGGAAUUCAUGAAAAUUCAGCAGGUAAAAGGACAAGUCUACCAGUUUGAUAAUUAUUUUUACCUGUCACGUUGAAAAUAAGGGAGUACACUGCCUCUUUAAAAGCUCUUACACCACAUCUACAUAAAGUUAUGCUCUUUUAAAUUUUAACUCAGGGGUGUAGAAUAUUCUUAUACUUAAUAUGGAGAUGACCAAUUACUUAAAAUUACAAACUUUAUAAACCUAGAAUUAUAUCAAUAUUUCUACUUUUGUCAUUUCAGGUACUGUUCAAAGCUUCCAGGAGACCGGUUUACUCAGCCCAAGCCAGUUUACAAGGUUGAGGAAAUUGGGAAAUAUCUUUACAGGUGUAAACUAACACUCCCAAUAAACUGUCAACUACGUGAUGAUAUAAUAGUGAGUUUAGAGGACUUUUAUUUUUUUUAAACUAAGACAUAAAAUUGUCAUUAUGGAAAUUUGCCUAUUUGCUCUGUCAUUAUCAUUGGCUAUUGAUAAAGUUUAUCUGCCUUCUGAUUGGUUACGUAACCGCCUCCCGGUUAGCUCAAUUGGUUAGAGCUCUGGACUGUUGUGUGGGAGGUCGAAGGUUCGAGCCCCAACCAGACCAACACUCACAAGGUCUUGAAAUAAAUGAGGAGAAUGUGCUACCUUUCUAUAAUGUCAAGAAAUGGAUAGACAUUCUAGUCUUCUCAGAUAAGGACGAAUAAACUGUAGGUCCCGUCUCCUACCUCUAUUAAUUAGUCAAUUUGGUCAGGCAGGGGACGUUAAAGAACCCACUCACGAGAUUACUGUGAUGUGGUCUGGCCAGUUUACUGGGAAUUGGGGGAGGGGGUCUGCCCUUGUCAUUGUUAACGCGGGAUCCACUGUAAUUGGCUAAAGCUGUAGUGGUCUCCCUGCCUUAGAUCAUUGGGCGAAGCUAAAUAAAUUAAAUUACAAAAUUACGUUAUUGGUACUUUGGUUGUGAUUUUGUGUCUCUCAAUUCAACAUUGCUCUAAUUCUCUGUGCUAAGUUUCAAGCAGUUUGUUAGCUCUUGGAAAUUAACCCUGUAACUCGCAAGAUUCUAAAAGUAACUCUUCCUACUAACUGCUAUACAUUUCCUUGUAAAUUGGAGAGGACAACAUGAUGUUACAUUAAGACAACACCUUAACGCUGAUGAACUUAUAUAUUCUCAUCACCUGUUCGCCAUGUAACAUAUUGGAAUUGCAAGGAGAAAUUACAUGUUAAUCGCUUACUUGAGAACCAUCUAUGUCUGCGUUUCAUCAGGGUGAACCAAUGCUGAGUAAGAACCAAGCCAAGAUGGCAGCCGCGCUCGAAGCCUGUAAACUGCUUCACAAGAUUGGUGAGCUUGAUGAUGACCUGUUACCAAAGCGGACUUUAUCUGACGAGGAAAGUGAUUUGGAAGAAGAAGCAGCAGCUGAGUCUGGCGGAAAAAAACCAAAAGCUGGAACAAAGAAGAGAAGACGACGGUACAGGAGAAAGGUAAGCAGUUGAAUUUCACAAUUUUGGCCUGUGACUUACUCAUUAAACUGUUUACUUAUAUAUCUCAAUGCAAUGUCGUAGACAAUGUCUAAGCAUGAAUUUGGCUGGUCAGUUAGAGGGUCUACCAUUCCCUAUGCUUAUUCAAGUUUGGGUAUGCUGUUGAUUUACCAAUUUCUUUUGAGCUUUAACAAACACGUUAUUCGCUUCUAAAACGCCGUGACUUAGUGAUCAUGAAACCAUGAAACCAGUGUUCGAAUCCUCUCGUGGAACUCAAUUUUCACCUUCGCUUCACGCUCUUGACAAAUAUUUACACUUUCUUUACCUAAUGUUUUGUUGUUGCCCAGGUUCCUGAAGCAUUUGUCGGCAGCUUGGUACAGGAAGGUCAGCCACAGUUCCUCACGACCAUCACCAUACAAGUCACUAAACUUACUCAGCCACAAGAGUUUGUCGUUAGUGAGCGACUGUUCCUCAAUGAAACUUGCACGUUUGGAAUGCUGACAACGAAAAGAGUUCCUUGGGUUGGUACUUGAUUAUUAAUAUUUCAUUAUUUAUCAGGCAACGUAAUUCUGUAGGCCAAUUUUCAAUCCAGUGUCGCUCUGUGAUUGGUCCAAAAAGCUUGCACCUUUCUUUCAGCCAAUCAGCUGCAAAACUAAAACCAAUCACGACUUGGUCGCCUGCGUUUUCCCGCGCUUUAGCCAGGUUGGUUGUUUUCAUUUAACUCAUUGGCUUCUAAAGGUCCACGAUUGCAGCGUGUACCACUUCAACCGGUCUCACACACCACAAAUGUUGACCUUCAUCUUACAAUGCAAUUUUUUCACUCUUCAGAUACGAUCGUUCAAACUGUAUCCUAACUAUGGCGAAGUCACGGUAUCCUUGCAGUGUCACAGCUCUCCUUUGCGUGUAAACAUCACUAAACAAGAGUUGGACAUUCUUCGCCAGUUUCAUCUCUUUCUCUUCAGUCACGUUCUACGCUCUCCCGUGGAAUUCACACCAGGAAGUGUGGAUGGUUACUUCGUUGUUAUGUUGAAGGCUUCAGGAAGGAGUAUUGACUUUGAUUGUAUGAGAGAGGAGCUUUCUUUCAAACAAAGCCGUGGAAGUCAGCCCAUUGUCGUAGACGCAUUAGUAACAAAGAACUACGUUGAAUCUCCACAAAAGUACGCUGUUUUGAAUGUUCGUGGCGAUCUGACUCCGAUGUCUCCGUUCCCGGAAAAGUCGCAGGGUAACACUUAUGAAGAAUAUUUUCGCCUGAAAUACAGAGAAAGGGGAUGCAUUGCGAACAAGCAUCAACCACUUGUUGAAGUGAAAGAGCUCUCCGCUAGAGUGAAUUUUCUAGUAGACCGAAAACAAGGAACAAAAAACAAGCGCGAUGUGAUUUGUCUUGUUCCAGAGUUGUGUGACCAGACUCCCAUUCGCGCUUCUCUUCUAAGCGUGUCUCAGAUUCUACCUUCUGUUCUUCAGCGUAUCACCUCCCUCCUUCUCGUUGGUGAUCUCAAGGCCAUGGUUGCUGGUGUACGCGACACAACAGAUGAAUCAAUUUUCCCUCCCAUUGGAGCUGAAGAGGGCUUAAGAGAGGCGCCCAUGGAGGUUGAAGGCGAUGCUUUGGACCUGGAAGACCAGGUUGCACUUUUCUCCGACAUCAGGUCGAUGUUCCGUGACAGUCCACCAUCUGCUGACCACCCCGACUCCUUUCUCGUUCUUCAAGCUAUUACCACCACCCACAGCGUAGAUGCAUUUAAUCUAGAGAGGCUGGAGAUGCUUGGGGACUCAUUUCUAAAGCUGGCCGUGUCCAUUCAUCUCUUCUGCACAUACAGCGAUAAAGACGAAGGCAAGCUGACCCGGCGUAAGAAAAACCAGAUUAGUAAUUUAGCUUUGUACCGAGCAGCGGCCAAGAAAUCUCUGGGCGAGUAUCUGCAAAGCACGCAGUUGGCUCGCAACGUUUGGUGUCCUACGGGAUGUCAGUUUGGCGACGUACCACCGAAUCGCACCACAGGUAGCCCAGCCAUGGAAGUUGACAGCGGGGACACAGUCGAGGCAAUGGAAGUUGACGAGACCUUAGAGAGGGGAAAGGAGACAAAACUUACUUCUACAGAGCAUGCGCGCCAGAAAUGCAACACUCAAAAGAUUGCGGACAAGUCCAUAGCUGACAGCAUCGAAGGACUGAUCGGAGCGUAUCUGAUAUCCUGUGGUUACCUUGGUGCGUUGCGAUUUAUGAAGUUUCUGGGGCUAAAAGUUUUACCUGAAAUUGGGACCAACGACGGCAAUGAUUUGCAGGCGGAGAAUAGCAAAUCGGGUUGCUAUGCUAGAUUUUGGCCAGAUCAGACAAAAAUAACAGUUGCGCAAGGUAAAGGAGAUAUGGUUUUCCGCCUCACUUCUGGCCUGGAAAACUUUGAAAACGAAUCAAUCUCGUACACUUUCCAACAAAAGUUGUAUUUGGUAGAGGCACUAAGUCAUGCGUCUUACCACGAAAACCGUGUCACGCCAAGUUAUGAAAGACUCGAGUUCCUCGGCGAUGCCCUGCUGGACUUUUGGUCACGCAACAUUUGUACUUCCGUCACGUCAACUUGUCACCAGGUGAACUGA